CGAUCCUGUCACCGGUGUGAGCGGCUCGGAUUAAAUUGCGUUGUCACUGAUGAAGCCAGCAUCCGGCCCUACUAUCACACUUCGAAGGAGCAAUUCGAACUGAUGGCCGCCAUUGUCCGGCACUAUGCCCCUGGUAUCCCAUUAGGCAUUGACGGCCUGCGCACUUUCGUCAGCACGCUUCAGGUGGCACCACAAGAGCCUGAACUUCCCACAGAACUUGCACAGCAAGGGCCACCUGCGAAUACUUCGUCAUGCUUACCGGGUGGUGGCGGUCACUUACUACCAAGUGUCACUGCCAAGGACUCGGUAUCGCCUUUGUCAGAGGGCUCGUUCAUUUCAGAUGCAACACGCCAGCGAAGAUUCAACGGUGUCUCGAGCUACGCGGUCCUUCAGUCCAAAGUCAGCCUGUGCAUCACACGAAGCUUUCCUCGGCUCGCGGCGCUGCAACCCAGUGGCACCUUUGACUUGCGUGAAGGCGAGCCGCUGUCGAAUAAACCGGAUGCAGCACUUCCCGACAGGAAGACAUGCGAAAGAUGCAGCGUGGUCUUUCUUCGCUUCAUCAACUGCGUGUUUUACGUCCUCGGCCCAGAAAGGCUUUUUGAUACAAUACUUAGAGCCCACGGAAACGUAGACGUAAGUGUGUCAACUCAAGCUAUGAUUCAGCUCAUCGUUGCUCUCAUUGACGACGAUCCACACCAUUUUGAGCUUGCGUCAAAGAAGAUGGAGAGUGUCAUCGAGGAGGGGAGUAUUGAGAGUAUCCAGGCUAUCAUUGUCAUGGCUAAAGAAAAACCAGCGGAACACUUCUUGGGUCGUUCUCGGCAGCGCCAUCAGAAUUGCCCAGUCACUAGGGUUGCACGUAACGACUGAUGACGAAAGUCCCCUUUGGGCGGAACAGAAAACCAAGCUUUGGUGGUCUUUAUGCGACUUGGACCAGUGGUUCACCAGUG